AUGUCCUUCUCUCAGUUCGGAUACCCCUACAGCACCACUUCACAGUUCUUCGUGCCCGCCAGCCCCAGCACGACCUGCUGCGAGGCCGCCCCCCGCUCCGGGCCGGAUGCCUCCUCGGCGCCGGCCGCCGCCUCCCUGUGCUGCGCCCCGUACGAGAGCCGGCUGCUGGCGCCCGGCCGCGCCGAGCUCAAUGCCGCGCUGGGCAUGUACAGCGCCCCGUACGCCGCCGGCCAGGGCUACGGCAACUACCUGCCCUACGGCGCCGAGCCCGCCGCGCUCUACACCGCGCUGAACCCCCAGUAUGAAAUCAAAGACAGCGCCGGCACGUUGCACUCGGGAAUCGCGCAGCCCGCUACCUACUACUCCUACGAUCAUUCCUUGGGGCAGUACCAGUACGACAGGUACGGGACGGUGGAUUUCGGAGGUUCAGCCAGACGCAAAAAUGCAACACGAGAGACGACGAGUACUCUCAAGACCUGGCUGUAUGAGCACCGCAAAAACCCCUACCCCACCAAAGGAGAGAAAAUCAUGCUGGCUAUCAUCACUAAAAUGACCCUGACGCAAGUGUCCACUUGGUUUGCUAACGCCAGACGGAGGCUUAAGAAAGAAAACAAAAUGACCUGGUCUCCCAAGAACAAAGCCGGGGAAGAGAGGAAAGAAGAAACCCCGAGGGAAGAGGACGAAUACAGUGCGGAGGGUGAAGGCAGAGAGCAGAAGAGCUACAAGGAGGACAAGGACCUGCAGUUCAGCGACCUGGAGGAGGAGGAGGAGGAGGAAGAGGAGGAGGAGGAGGAGGCGGGGAAGCCGGAGAAGGGCCGGACCAGCUCCCUGCAGGAAGCCCCCAGCCUGGGCGCGGCGCUGCCUGAGGCUCCACGGAGCGACUGCAGCCUGCCCGGCCCCUUCCACGCCUUUCCUUGUGCCAAGGCCCCCGCCGCGGACUUCGCCGCCGCCUCCUUGGCCGGCCCGCCGCCGCCCUACGCGCCCGCGGAGAAGCCGCGCAUCUGGUCGCUGGCGCGCACCGCCGGGGCCAGCGCGGCGCGCAGGGGCAGCCCCGAGGGCGGCGGCGCGGCGGGGGAGCAACCCCUGCCCGCCAAGGCCUUCCGGAGCUCCGCGUUCAACCUGCAGCCGCUCCCGCGAAGCUGCGCGUCCCACCGCGGCCUGGGGGAGCCGUGCCAGUUCGCGGCGGCGGGCGAAGGCUUCGGGCGGGGCGCCAAGGGCAGCCCGGGAGGCACCGAGCUGGGUGGGACCUGCCUGGAAAGGCUGCGGACGGCGUUCCGGCCCGUGCUGCGGAGGUGA